AUGUAUUCACCCUCCAGUCAGACGCCAAUUGGCAUUCUACAAGAGACUGCUACAAAAAGGGGUUUUCUUGUCCACUACGAGCUUGUUGCAAGCGAAGGCGAGGCACAUGAACCUAUUUAUGUGUACCAAUGCAGAGUUGGCAAAAUUACUGCCUUUGGGAAGGGUGCAAGCAAGAAGAAGGCGAAGCAUUUGGCGGCAUACUAUGUACUCUUAAGACUCAUCGGUGAUGAUCCACCAUCUCAGGGAGAUAGAGCCCUCUUGCAGGCGAUGCGUGCAUCGCUCUCAUUCCUCGGCAUCGAUGUCGGCGACUCCUUAGCUGUCACAUGUGAGGAUGAGGUGAACGCAGCGGCUACACGAGCGCCCGUCAAUUAUGUCAGCAAGGUUCAGGAAUAUUGUGACAAAAAUUUGUGGCCUCCACCUACUUACGAAUUUAGCGAAUGCUCACAAAACCUUUUUGGUGGCAAGUAUCAUUGCAAAAUCCGUCUCUGGCGCUGGGAAUUUUCGGGUUUCGGUAGCUCCAAAAAAGAGGCAAAAAGAAAGGCUGCGACCGAAUUUCUAAAAGAGGUGGUAGAGCAAGGACUAACUAUUCCGACAGAUGCAUUAGAGGCAAUGGAAGAGGAGAAUCUGCCCCUUGUAGAAAAACAGGAUUUAAACAAGCUAAAGGUCAAGCAAAGCAGUCAAGAAAUGGCGUCUAGAAUGGCCAGAAAAAUUCUUUCUGGCCUCCACACAGCUAAUGGAAGGGUUAAGGAAAUUCAUGUUGAAGAGCUAAACUCUCCAGACUUUGAUGUAUAUGAUGUCUUAAAGCGGGUGCUGGAGGCGAACAAGCUCGGUGUCUUCUACUCGUAUACAACAAAUACAAAGUCCGGGAGUAUCUACUGUCAGGCACAGUUAUCCACAAUUCCCCCCCACGUUACAUGCAGUCGACCCAGUGCAAGCAUAGACGAAGCUCGAAGAGACGCAGCCUACCGUUGCCUUGUUUACCUGGACACAAUGACGAAGCCGAAUCCCACGCUUUGUGAGGAGGCGUGGUUCCGAAGGCCAUCUUGA